AUGACGUCCCCAAUCGAAGAUACCGAGAACAAUCCUCUGUUGAAAGAUUUCUAUUUUCCGCCGUUCGAUUCCAUCGAUGCCAAGCACGUUCGCCCUGGGAUUCGCGCACUGCUCAAAAAACUCGAAUGUGAACUAGAGGAACUGGAGAGAACGGUGGAGCCGACAUGGCAAAAGCUAGUAGAACCGCUGGAGAGGAUAGAGGAUAGGCUGUCCGUGGUGUGGGGUGCGGUGUCCCAUCUCAAGUCCGUUAAGGAUAACCCCGAGCUUCGCACUGCCAUAGAAGAAGUCCAGCCGGAAAAAGUGGCAUUUGAGCUUAAGUUAGGUCAGAGUAAGCCGCUUUACAACGCAUUUAAAGCUAUUAGAGAAUCAUCAGAUUGGGAAGGGCUUAGUGACGCUCGUAAAAGGAUAGUUGAAUUGCAAAUAAAGGAGGCUGUUUUGAAUGGUAUUUCCCUUGAAGAUGAUAAAAGAGAGGAAUUCAAUAAGAUCGAACAAGAAUUGGCAAAACUAUCUCAAAAAUUUGGAGAGAAUGUUUUGGACGCGACGAAGAAGUUUGAAAAAUUAAUAACAAAUAAGAAAGAUAUUGAAGGAUUGCCAGAUUCAGCUCUUGGAUUGGCUGCACAGACAGCAUUGUCUAAGGGACAUGGAAAUGCUACUGCCAAGGAUGGCCCAUGGAUAAUAACAUUGGAUGCACCAAGUUAUAUGGCUGUAAUGCAGCAUGCUAAAAAUCGAUCAUUACGUGAGGAAGUCUACCUUGCCUAUGUGAACCGUGCUUGUAGUGGAGAUCUCGAUAACACAACAAUCAUUGACCAAAUUUUGAAGCUUAGGUUGGAAAAGGCUAAGCUUCUUGGGUAUAGUAACUAUGCAGAGGUAAGUAUGGCAACCAAGAUGGCAACUAUUGAGAAGGCGGAAGAGCUCCUCGAAAAUCUUCGCGGUGCCUCCUGGAAUCCUGCUCUUCAAGAUAUGGAGGACCUCAAAGCUUUUGUGACGAACCAAGGUUCUCCAGAAGCUGAUAAUUUGAACCAUUGGGAUAUCAGCUUUUGGAGUGAGAGGCUUCGGGAAUUGAAGUAUGAAAUCAAUGAGGAAGAGCUGCGACCUUACUUUUCAUUGCCUAAAGUUAUGGAUGGUCUUUUCAGUCUUGCAAAUAAGCUGUUUGGGGUUAAUGUUGAGCCAGCAGAUGGUUUUGCUCCGGUUUGGAACAGUGAUGUACAGUUGUACCGCGUCGGCGACUCUUCGGGGUGCCCAAUCGCCUUCUUCUAUUUUGAUCCCUAUUCUCGGCCAUCGGAAAAACAGGGAGGAGCGUGGAUGGAUGAAGUAGUUGGAAGGAGUCGCAUCUUGUCGCUAGAUGGUUCCUCUGUUAGAUUACCUGUUGCCCACAUGGUGUGCAACCAAAUGCCACCUGUAGGAGAUAAGCCAAGCCUUAUGACGUUUCGUGAGGUUGAGACUGUCUUCCAUGAAUUUGGUCAUGCACUUCAGCAUAUGCUAACAAAGCAGGAUGAGGGCUUGGUUGCUGGAAUACGAAAAGUAGAGUGGGAUGCCGUGGAAUUACCCUCCCAAUUUAUGGAAAAUUGGUGCUACCAUAGAGAUACCUUGAUGAGUAUCGGUAAACAUUAUAAAACUGGAGAGUGUAUUCCUGAAGACAUAUAUCAAAAACUUCUUGCUGCUAGGACCUUCCGUGCUGGCUCGCAAAGUCUUCGGCAGCUUAGAUUUGCAACUGUUGAUCUAGAAUUGCACACCAAGUACGUCCCAGGUGGUUCAGAAUCAAUAUAUGAUGUCGAGAGGAGAGUCUGUGAAAAAACGCAAGUGCUUCCUCCACUUCCACAGGACAAGUUCCUUUGCAGUUUUAGCCAUAUAUUUGCUGGUGGAUAUGCUGCUGGAUACUACAGUUACAAGUGGGCAGAAGUUUUGUCUGCUGAUGCUUUCUCAGCUUUUGAGGAUGCUGGAUUAACAGAUGACAAGGUAUGGAUGCUUGCAGUUGUUAAAGAUCUUAUUUAA